CAGAAUUAUAAAGACGUUUUGCAGGCCUGGCUGUGCAAUAGUUCAUUCAUUCACGACAAAGAGACGAUAGGUGAAUCAUGGACUCUAGACAUUUAAUAUUUACAUCCGUCGUAGCGCUUCUUUUAGGAGUCGCUUUGGUUUAUUCGUUUCCAGAAAACUCCUCCGCCAGAAAAGUCGCAGGUCGAUGGGAUCUUAUUUCCAAACGAAAUGCUAACCCAUGCCCUCCCGGUUGUCCUGGCGCCUGCGCUCCAGCGUGUACAGCAGUCUGUUGUUCUCCACCACCACCUCCGCCACUACCUCCUCUCCCACCUCCACUUCCACCACCACCACCACCAGCACCAGGCCCACCCGGCCCUGAUGGACCUAUGGGAUUACCAGGCCCACAGGGCCCUGACGGUCCUAAAGGACCACCAGGACCACCUGGCCUACCAGGACCACCAGGCAUUCCAGGAUACCCAGGAUCCCCUGCUGGACCACCAGGACGUGACGGACCUAUGGGACCUCCAGGACCAGCCGGUAGCCAAGGACCACCAGGAGACAUGGGAAUGAUGGGACCGAGUGGGGUCUUAGGAGGAGUUGGCAAUCAUUUAGGAUAGGAAAGGAAACGUUUUUUAAAUCGACAAUGGCUUCUCGAAAUUGAAGACGACGUAUAAAGUUGACAAGCAAGAUGUUGUCCAUUGAGUGUACAUAUUUUGGAGAGAGGCAUUYAAAUUGCGAAUACAGACACUUUUCUUUUCAUAUUUUGAUAGAAAUGAUUGACGAGUAACAUUUCGAAUAUUUUCGUUACACAAACAGAUUAYUUAGAGGAUAUAUUGUAGUAGUUUAAAGACACAAUUUAUUGAACAAAAUUUAUUUCUUACAGAAAAAGAUAUUAUUGAUUAGAAUAAUCYACGAAAUUUAAGAAUUUGACUGCAAAUGACUGAAUAUAUGUGCAACAUAUUGUUUAUUAGAAUAAGCUACGAAAAUUUAAGAAUUUGACUGAAAAUGACCGAAUAUAAAAAAUACGAUGGAGAUAUGCUUUAAACUAUAUUUUCAAAUAUUUUAUUAGAUUUUUCAAAAAGCAAGCUUUUCGACCUUAAGAAAUCCGCUGUGGUUUACAAAGUCAAGGAUUUCUUUUUUUAAAAGUUCCCCCAUUCUUCAUUGUGCUGUAAUACAAUGAAUUUAGUAGACGUUUUCAAUAAAAUGGCAUUUGAAGCCAAUUGAACAUUA